AUGAGUUUAACAACAAGUGGACCAAACAGAAAUUUGAAAGAGGCUCAUAUGUACUCGUAUCUUUUAACUCAGAAGUGGAAAUUUGAAGGCAGUUGUAAUGAAACCAUAUUAAUUCUGUAUUCCUUAGAAGAUAACGUUGUUUAUACGUUAACAAUGCAGCAUGCUCGUCUCAAGUUACGCGAUGAAAAUAUAGUUCAAGUUUCUAUGGAUACUAAUCAUUAUUUUAACAGUAAAGAUACAGUGGGAGAUGGACUAAAAGCUAUGAUUCUAGGAUUUAAAUCAUUUUUAAAAGGUGAAGAGUACAGGCCAUAUCAGGUUGAAGAUGUUGAUGGAGAUAAUAGUAGUUCAUUUAAUUCUUUAUCAUUGUUUGUAUUAUUUAUAUCUUUAUUAGUUGCUUUAUUAUAA